GCGAAUCCUGCUCCAAGCUGCCUCCUCUGUUUUUCCACAUCACCGUCUGCAAAGUUGCAGAAGCAGACGCAGUUCCCUUUUGAGUCCGCACCCCCCUUCUUCUGUUCCCCUCAAAUACUACGUACACUCCUGGACCUGCUACCUGCAAAGGUUCAUGUGACGAAAACGAUAGGCGAGGAGAUGAGUCCGUACUCCACACAGCCUCAAACGGCACCGAUCUCGCUGCCUGCGCUCUUGACAAGUGUCGCCCUACUCGUGGCUUCUCCCUCCAUUCGUCGUCUCCACACACACGAGCUAGCUUAAGUACGCGGACGCCUCAACCUUCAACCCCUCCCAGGCGAGGCAUCACGGGAUCACAUUCGCGGCCACACCAAAAGGCAAAAAGCCCAUCGUCAUCGUCAGGCCACACUCGCGUUGGCGUCGCAACAAUUUUCCUUGAGCCUCGUCGUGGCAUUGUGCCUCCCUCCAGUUCUUUCGCCUAUUCCUCGGAGUCACAGCAAGCGCGCGCACACCACCAUACCACCUUGUCCUCUGUUUCUUGAAGCAGAGCUUCGCUUGGCCAUGGGAAUUGCAAUUAGGCUGCUCUUCCUGCCGUUGAUGGCCGUGGCAUUCUGCGGCUACGGCGUUUGCGGAAGGAGCCACUUCCACAAGAAGCCGCCGCGCGGCGUCGGCCGGCACAGGGGCGGCGGCAAGGAGGGCUCCGUGGUGUCCUCCCCGGCUGUUCCGCCGGCGGACGACGGCACGCGGCCGGUAGCGCCGCAGCCACCGACGGGCACCAUGCCCUCCGACCCGGCCACUCCGGUCCAGCCCGCCGAGCCGUGUGUGUUCGACGUCCGAGCGUACGGCGCGGUGGGCGACGGCACGACGGACGACACCCAGGCGUUCCGGGAGGCGUGGAGGGCGGCCUGCGCCUCCGACUCUGCCGUGCUGCUGGUGCCGUCCGACGGCACGUUCGCCAUCACCACCACCACCUUCUCCGGGCCGUGCAAGCCCGGCCUCGUGUUCCAAGUGGACGGCGUGCUGAUGCCGCCGGACGGGCCGGACUGCUGGCCGCCGUCGGACAACCGACGGCAGUGGGUCGUCUUCUCCAACCUCGACGUCUUCUCCCUGCGCGGCGCCGGCACGAUCGAGGGCAACGGCGAGGGCUGGUGGAACCUCCCCUGCAAACCUCACAGGGGCCCGAACGGCUCGACGCUGCGCGGCCCGUGCGACAGCCCCACGCUGCUGAGGUUCUUCAUGAGCCGGAACCUGGUGGUGGAGGGCCUGCGGGUGGAGAACAGCCCGGAGUUCCACUUCCGGUUCGACGGCUGCAGCGACGUGCGUGUCGACGGGCUCUACAUCAGCUCGCCGGCCAACAGCCCCAACACCGACGGCAUCCACGUCGAGAACACCGAGCGCGUCGGCAUCUACAACUCGAGGAUCAGCAACGGUGACGACUGCAUCUCCAUUGGCACCGGGAGCUACGACGUGGACAUACAAAACAUUACCUGCGGACCUGGACACGGCAUAAGCAUCGGCAGCCUCGGCGUGCACAACUCGCAGGCGUGCGUGGCGAACGUGACGGUCCGGAACGCGGUGAUCCGGAACUCGGACAACGGCCUGCGGAUCAAGACGUGGCAGGGCGGGAUGGGCGCCGUGUCGGGCAUCACCUUCGACACGGUGGCCAUGGAGAACGUGCGCAACUGCAUCAUCGUGGACCAGUACUACUGCCUGGACAAGCGGUGCAUGAACCAGUCCACGGCCGUGCACGUCACCGACGUCUCCUACGCCAACGUCCGGGGAUCCUACGAUGCCCGCAGCGCGCCCAUCCACUUCGCCUGCAGCGACACCGUGCCCUGCACCAACAUCACCAUGUCCGAGGUCGAGCUCCUGCCCUUCAGCGGCGAGCUCGUCGACGACCCCUUCUGCUGGAGCGCGUACGGGACGCAGCAGACACCCACCAUCCCGCCCAUCACCUGCCUGCAGGAGGGGUUGCCGGAGGCCCUCCUCGACAACCCGGACCUCAAGUGCCGAUAGAUCGAUGAUGUGGCCAGCCAGAUAGCAGCUCUCAUAAUUUACUUCAUAUAUACUCCUAUUAUAUUGGAUAGAUGUAUAUAUAUAAAAUGCAUGUAGAGUAAGUUGGGUUUGUGCAGAAACAACAUUUAUUUGAGUUCUGUGGAGUUUGUA